CCUAAAGCAAACAGAUUUCUUACAAAGCCUUUGUGGCCCAGCGGAGGUCGAGGAGCUAGAGGUCCCCGGAACUGCUUUAACAGAAGUCUCAGACUUCUCCCUCCCAGCCGCAGGGCCAAGGAGGUGCAGUUCUCUCCUGUGUCCAGCAGGGGGAUGGCUGGGAGCCCAGCCUGCCUCUGCACUGUUGCUCCUGGCUGUGCUGAGAACUGCACAGCGCUAGGCUCCCGUGUUAUCAGCAGGUAAAUCUCUUUGAGCAGGAGGCAGUUAGUUCUGCUGUCACUUUGAGGGGUGGAGCUGGCAGAGGAAACUACCAGGUGUGGCCUUGGGAAAGUCCCUCCAACAUUUUAUCGAAACAUGGAAUUUCCUGGUUUUAACCAUUUCAUAUCCAACUGCUGACCCAGAGCUGCCCAGAGCAGCAUGGACCUUUCCCGCCUUCCAGGACCUUCCGGUCGCUGGGCCCCGGCUGAGAGGUGGCACACCUGGCCUUCAGCCCCACAGCCUCUGAAGCUUGGGGCCAGCUAUUGAUGGGGCACCACACCGGAUUCCAAAACAGGGAGCCCAGCCUCAUUUCCGCUGGUCCUGCCGCCUCCACCCGGGAUCCUUUUGCUCCUUCCUGCUUGGGUGGGGUGGGGGUGGGGCAGCUACAGAGUCGCUGUCUCUUUAAGAGAGAGAGCAAGAGGGAGAGAGUGGGGAGCGAAAUCAGGAAGUGUGAGAGCCCGGUGCCUGGGCUCAAACCCUUACUGCAGCUCCCAGGGAGGCACAAGACCAUCCCUACUGGUCCUGCCUGCGGUCCUGGCCCAUGGCCACCGGGAUGCUCUGGGCACUGCCUGUGAAUAUGUGCCGCCUCUGAAAGUUUGGGGUGCUGCUGGCUCCCACAAACCUUCAUCCCCUGCAGCCAAGAUGGGCUCGGGUCCUGGACUUGCCCCAGACAGAAAGUGCAGCGCCUGCUUGCCUGGGACAGCCUUUGCCUGACUUGACCCGCAGAGCCGGCACGGACACCAAAGCCCUAGAGUCCGCAGUGCCCGGGAGAGGUGAAGGAGUGAGUGAGGAGGUAACAGGGGUCCAGCCAGCCCAGGGCGGGAGAUGCAGAGCACAGCCAAUUACCUGUGGUACACAGACGACCUGCUGGGGCAGGGGGCCACGGCCAGUGUGUACAAGGCCCGCAACAAGAAGUCUGGGGAGCUGGUGGCCGUGAAGGUCUUCAACACCAUCAGCUACCUGCGGCCACGUGAGGUGCAGGUGAGGGAGUUCGAGGUCCUGCGGAAGCUCAACCACCAGAAUAUUGUCAAGCUCUUCGCCGUGGAGGAGACGGGGCCCAGCAAGCACAAGGUCCUGGUGAUGGAGUACUGUGCCAGUGGGAGCCUGCUGAGCGUGCUGGAGCGCCCUGAGAACGCCUUUGGGCUGCCCGAGGCCGAGUUCCUGGUGCUGCUGCGCUGCGUGGUGGCCGGCAUGAAUCAUCUGCGGGAGCACGGGGUCGUGCACCGAGACAUCAAGCCGGGGAACAUCAUGCGGCUGGUCGGAGAGCAGGGGCAGAGCAUCUACAAGCUGACAGACUUCGGGGCCGCCCGGGAACUGGAUGAGGAUGAGAAGUUCAUCUCCGUCUACGGAACCGAGGAGUACCUGCACCCGGACAUGUAUGAGCGCGCGGUACUGCACAAGCCCCAGCAGAAGGCGUUCGGGGUGACUGUGGACCUCUGGAGCAUCGGGGUGACCCUGUACCAUGCAGCCACUGGCAGCCUGCCCUUUGUCCCCUUUGGUGGGCCACGGCGCAACAAGCAGAUCAUGUACCGGAUCAUCAGAGAGAAGCCGGCAGGGGCCAUCUCGGGAGCUCAGAGGCGGGAAAACGGGCCCCUGGAGUGGAGCUACAGCCUCCCCAUCACCUGCCAGCUGUCCAUGGGCCUGCAGAGCCAGCUGGUGCCCAUCCUGGCCAACAUCCUGGAGGUGGACGAGGCCAAGUGCUGGGGCUUCGAUCAGUUCUUUGCGGAGACCAGUGACAUCCUGCAGCGGGCCGUGGUCCACGUCUUCUCGCUGCCGCAGUCCGUCCUGCACCAUGUCCACAUCCACGCCCACAACACGAUCGCCAUCUUUCUGGAGGCUGUGUAUGAACAGACCAACGUGGCCCCCCAGCACCAAGAGUACCUCUUUGAGGGUCACCUUUGUGUCUUUGAGCCUGGCCUCCCAGCACAGCACAUCGGCCUCACGACGGCCAGCAGCCCCCUGACCCUGUUCAGCAUGGCCGGCGACGCCCCCAGGGGUUUGACCUUCAGGGACCCUGCUGUGGACAUCCCCAAGUUCGUCCCCAAAGUGGACCUGCAGGCAGAUUACAACACUGCCAAGGGUGUGCUCGGCGCCGGUCACCAGGCACUGCGGCUGGCGCGGGCCCUGCUGAGUGGGCAGGAGCUGGCCCUUCGGGGUCUGCACUGGGUCGUGGCGGUGCUCCAGGCCACUUGCAGGCAGACCCUGGAGGUCGCCAGGACCGCCCUCCUCUUCCUCAGCAGCAGCCUGGCCACCGAGUGGUCCAACAGUGCAGGCAGGACUCCUGAGACACCGGAGGUCCAGGAACUGAAGAGGGCCACCGAGCUGAGGUCCAGACUGCAGAAUCUGGCUGCGGUUCUCACCAGGUGUUCCCAAAACAUUGCAGAGACCCAGGUGAGCCUGAGCCACCUGAGCUCAGAGCUGGCGAAGAACCGGGAUCAGGUACAUGAAGACAGAAGCACCCAGCAAAUUCAGAGCUGCUUGGACAAGAUGUACCUCAUCUACAAACAGUUCAAGAAAUCUAGGAUGAGGCCAGGGCUCGGCUACAAUGAGGAGCAGAUUCACAAGCUGGAUAAGGUGAAUUUCAGCCAUUUAGCCAAGAGGCUCCUGCAGGUGUUCCAGGAGUGUGUGCAGAAGUAUCAGGCGUCCCUGGUCAUGCACAGCAGGUGGAUGAGAGAGGUGCAGAAGACCCGGAACCGGCUGCGCCUGGUCGGCUGGUCUGUGACCACCUGCAGCACAGAAGCACAGGGAGCCCAGGAGACCCUGAGUGAGAUCCUUCAGCAGCUCCUCCAGGACAGGACGAAGGGGGCCGAGGCGGCACCUCCGGCUCUGGCUCCUCAUCCCGGGACUGCUCCCAAGGACCUGGUGCGUGCGAGAGCUCUUCGAGGAGGUGAAGCAGCUGGCCUUUGAUCUCCAGGACAACAACCGCGUCAUUGAGCGGUUGAGUGCAGCCCCAUCCGCUCCUGACAUCUGAGCUCCGAGGAUGCACAGCUGUCUGGAAGCAUUAGAAGCACUGCACACUGCUCUCCUGCACUGGGACAAAACCCAGGGUGAGACCUGGUCCCGUCUCAUCAGCCCACUACCUCCAGCCUGGCACAGCCAGGAGAUGUCCCCGGCAUUACCGGGCGCUGACUGGGCCUUGGCAUCGCUGUCAGGACCCACAACGGACCGGGGCAGCCGCUGCUGGCCUGGCCUUUGUGCCUCAUCUGUACCUGGCCUUAUGGAUCUGCAGGGACGGCCCUGGCUUCCCUGGAGCCCUGGGUCUUCCUUCCUUAGUGUUUUGUGGCGAAACGUCUUCCUCUCCUGUGCUUCCUGAGGGUCACCGCGCUCAGCCGCAGGUGACAGAUGGCCUCGAUGCCCUGCUCUUGGUCUGACCAGCCCCAGGCUGAGGUGGGUGGAGGAGAUGCAGCCCUCCGGGACGCUCCCUCACCCUCGCUCUCGGGGGUACCACACGGCCCUGAGACGCAGCUGCUGGGCGUCCACAGGCAGCUGUGCCAACAAGCAUGGCCUGGAAGGCCGAGCCCCGAGCAGAGAACAGGCGCAGCUCCCGGGGUGAAAUAAACGCUGCUGCUGGGUCUGCUCGCUGUGGCGCUUGCUGGGCUGUGUCUGAGAGGCUGGGGAGUCCAGGGCUGGGUGCGCAGGCUGAGGAGGAGAUGUGGGGGAAGUGGGGCCAGGCUCCGCCUUUCCCCUUAAUGGGCCCCAAUUUCAGGAAAGAGCCCAAGGCUGGGCCUCUUGCUGAGUGGGGGCGCCUUGCCCUCUGUGCUCCUGCUCCCUGUUCUCUGGGGAGCUGCGUAUGGAGAAAGUUCAGUCUUUUUUUCUUUAACCCCCCAAAGCACUGUCUAAGUACCUGCGGCUUGUGCCCAUCCCCACCACCGUUUACAAACGAGACUGAACUAAAUAUUUGAGGACUGC